AUCAAUCUGUUGCAAGGUUAAGAUACUGCAGAUUCUUUCAUUACUUUUGACCUUUAUUCUUCAGUAUGACACUAUGCCAUGUACAGCAUCGGAAAAGACACUGACGGAAGUGAGUCAAUGCCCAAAAAAUCAGCUAGAAUGGGUAAUAGAGGCGGAAAAAGCAAACUGUUCAUCCGUUUAUCAAACUUGUGUUGAAGCAGAAGAGUUCGUAUUCCAUUGUGUUUUAAACACAAAACUGACAGGAUUUCUCCAGGUUUGUGCCCCAGCAAAACCAAUUCACGGCAAAAUGUGUCCAGAAUACAAUAUUAGAGGCAACAUAAUUCAGGAGAGUUUAUCUGCAGGUUGUGGGACAGACAGAAUCCCAUGUCCUCCUGUAUACCUAUCAACAGAGGCAUAUAAAUAUCAGGAAUGUUACCAUUCUGUCAAAUACAACGAAAACAAAACUGAAAACAAUGGAACAGAAUUCAAUCUCCACAACAGUAAUUGUAAAACAGAAAUAACAUAUUGCUUGGAACUAUUCUCAGUUCUGGCUGGAGUUCUGAUACUCCUGAAUGUUGGUUGCUAUUUUGGGAUUUGGCGUAAGAGAUUUAUGGAUAAGGGAAAUCCUGUUACACAAUUACCAUUGUCUGACGUGAAUUGUCCAGAAACGAGUGCAAUGAUAAACGACAGACAUGUGGAUCAUGGAUGAAUGGUUUGAUUCAAAAUCUAAAAUGAGCGGAAAUCAUUUUCGAUCACUGUUCAUUACCUUCACCUUCUUCAUUUCUAUUCAAUCGUAGAAAGUGCAAGAGUGGAUUUUUUUUAAAUAUCCAAAGGAUGGUGAAGAUUUGGACCAUAUUAUUUUGAAUUCUUAAAUAACCCACACAUUUGUUUUAUUUGCAUGCAUUUUUUAUAUUAUUCCUAUUUUCCGAGUUCUAAAAACACUUCAAAAUUAAUCUUAAAAAAUCCGAAUUCAUUACUUAAAUUUUCUUUCUUCUUUAUUUU